UUAUCUUUGAUAAAAAUGACGUUGUAUAUAAUAUACCGUACUACCAUUAAGAGCUGAUACAAAAAUAUUUAUAAUUGAAAUCCCUUUUACAUAAUUGUGAGCUCUGUGAUUGGUGGCAGGAGCAGCUUGUGUCUGCUAGAGGUUCAUUGUGUGCGACUCGGUAGCCGGUCAGUAGAUGUUAACAUUUUCGUACUGGGUGGAAAUAAAGUGCCAUUCUUUUCGUUAUUAAUUGAUCCAACUUGACGUGGUUAUGAGGAAGUUACCGAGGGCAAGCCGUGUGGCUGACUUUUUGCACAAGAGCUUUGUUGUGACAUGUGUGGGCAUGACCCUUUUUAGCAUGUUUAUAAUUGGAGAACGAACUUACUCCUACUUUUACGUGAUCAAACCUCGACGCUUGGAAGAAGAAAGACGCAAGCUUGCAGAGGAAGAAAGUAAAAGCUUUGAAACUGAAAUACCAGAUAUUGCAGAAACUUUGAAAGCAUAGAAGUGAGUGAAGAAAAACAUUAAAAGACUGUGUAAAGAACUAUUAUGUGAUAAUCCCUUUCUGAGUGUAAGACUUUAAACCAUUGAACUCUUAUUGCAUGUCAGAUUGUCUUCAGUGAAUAUACAUACUGUACUACAGUAUACAGCACUGUAUAUAAUUAACGAUAAAAUUUAAUUUUUCUUCUUUCUUAUCUAGGACAAAAGUUCUUCAUAAAACUUAUUAACAAUGAUGAAAAUUACACAUUCCCUUACACGACUUGCUCCAAAUAUGAGCAGGAUUGGUGGUGGCAUUCAUCGGUUUAUCCAUAGUACCACUGUAUGCCAGGCACCACCUAAAGUUCCUCCUGUUCUUUGGAAGUUGGGGAGUCUUAAUCAUGUGGCAAUUGCUACUCCAGACCUUGAGAAGAGUACUUCCUUAUAUAGGGAUGUGCUUGGUGCAGAGGUGAGUGAUGUGGAAGCUUUGCCAGAACAUGGAGUUUACACUGUAUUUGUAAAGCUUGACAACACAAAAUUAGAACUUCUUCAUCCAUUGGGCAAAAACAGCCCCAUCCAGAAUUUUCUAGAUAAGAACAAGAAUGGAGGCAUGCAUCAUAUCUGCAUUGAAGUAAAUGACAUUAACGCAGCAAUGAAGGACCUCACGGAGCAAAAGAUUCGAUGCCUUAGCAAAGAACCUAAAAUUGGAGCCCAUGGCAAACCUGUAGUGUUUUUACAUCCAAAAGAUUGUGCUGGAGUCUUAGUUGAAUUGGAGGAAUCUUAAUUAGUUACACUUAGAUAAUUUGCUGUGUUAAAAGCAAAGAACUAGACAUUACUAGAUGAUUUAUUUAAGCAAAAAUUCAACUACCAUUUAUAGGACCAAGAUUUAACAUUGUUUUUAGGUUUAUGAUUUAGAAUGAGAAAUGUGUUAACUUUAAAAAUUAAGUGAUUUUGAAAUCUUAUUUGGUAUUUUUUUUUCGGGUACUGUAUUACCAAGACAUGUUUGUAAUAAUAGUUACCGGUACAUUGAGCAGUUAAAUCAGCUGUGUAAAUAAAGGGAAUAUCUUCAA